CCAGGAAGAACUUUACCGGAGCCGUGAAUGUCUCUGCCCUGACUUCACCCUCCAAACUAUGUGGUCUUGUCUAAUCCACAGCGGAGCUCAGACGGUUCUAUGAGUCCCACCAUGAACACGUCCUCGGUGUCUCUGCUCCAGCUCUCCUGGACCGGGUUCAGACUGUAUGCAUCUAAAGGCCAUCGCUCCGGAGCCCUGAGCCUGAUGGCAGCAGCUUCCACCCGUCUUCCACACAUCUCACCCUGUAGAUGCUCCUUAUCCAGCAACGUCAAAGUGCGCUCCUACCUGCAGUACGUCAAACGCAAGAUCAUAUCCCCCCCCAGUCCUCCGUACAGCCACGUGUGUCAGGUAGGGGACCCGGUGCUGCGUUCACAUGCAGCUGCUGUGGACCCUUCAGCUGUAACGGGACCUGAGAUCCAGCGUGUCAUUAAAACUAUGGUGGCAGUAAUGAGGAAGCUUGAGUGCGUGGGACUGAGUGCGCCUCAAAUUGGUGUGCCGCUCCGGAUCCUGGCUCUGGAAUAUCCCCAAAAAAUGUUGGAAGAGAGCUCGCCUGCCACGAGGGAGGUCCGCGGUCUCUCCGUCCAGCCCCUAAGGAUCUUUGUGAACCCACAGCUGAGGGUGCUGGAUGGUCGGACGGUGCUGUUUCAGGAGGCCUGUGAGAGCAUCUCGGGCUUCUCUGCCACGGUUCCCCGCUACCUGUCUGUGGAAGUGUCUGGUACGCAUGCUUAA